UAGAAAAACAUAAUUUAAAAAAACAUGGCUUCCUGAAUAGAGCGAAUCUCAAAGCUAUGGUGUCCUGCCAGGGACAAACAAUGCAAACUUCCACAUUUGCUGCGUUAUAGACAACACAACAGAGCCUCCUACUGGCUAAGACAUGCAGCUGCCCUACAGAAACAUGAACAACUCACUCCCAAAUCCAAAAACUAGAGUGCUAAAACUCAAACUAAUGAUGUCAUCGAGUUUAAAAUCUGGAACUGCGCCCCUCACAAUGAAGUGGUAAACAUGUUAUAGAUGAGACUGAGAGCAGCCGGGGGAAUGUACUGAGUAUAGACCAAAUCACUGUGACGUCAUGCUAACAACAAUAAUCUCUUCCAUGUUGAAAAUUGGCAACUGAUUUGAUUUGAGGAGAUAUGUGAAACUGGCCAACUUGUUUACUUCUGUUGACACUGUCAUUAACUGAAACGUUUAAAGAUGUAUAGUUAAACACGGCGGGCCGACCUAUCUGACCUUUCUUCUGUGCUUAUUUUGUGUACUGUGUUGCUUUGCUAGCAUCUUUCAGAAACCAAAUCUACUGGCAUGGAAGUUAAGCAGUGUACUGCUGUUCCACAUUACCUUACACCUUAAACCACUUAAGGCAGUUGUAGACCUCUUACUUACUUACUUAAGCCCUUUGCUCCUCUAGGGAGUAUUGGCCAUUUCACUCGGCUGUUGGCAGUUCGCUGUAGAUCUCCCAAGCUGAUCCCACUCCUACACAUUUCUGGACACCUCUCUGCCAGCUGUUCUUGGGGCGACCUUUUUCCCUAGGUCCUUGUGGGUUCCAUUUCAGGGCUUGAUAUUUGUGGCAGGUUUUUUAAGGGUGUGUCCAAUCCAACCCCACUUUCUCUUUAGAAUUUGUGAGUCAGUAGGAUCCUGGUUUGUUCUUCUCCACAGGUCUGCAUUGCUUACUUUGUCUCUCCACCAGAUGUUGAGUUUUCUCCUGAGACAUGUGUUCAUGAAUGUUUGCAGCCUGUUUGUUGAGUGUUUUGUUGUUCUCCGUGUCUCUGAUCCAUACAGCAACACCUGCUUCACAAUGGAAUCAAACAUGUGUAUUUUGGUGUUGAUUAAUUAGGUUUUGAGCUCCAGAUCUUCCUGAAAGUGUUAAACACCACCCUAGCCUUCUUGAUUCUGCUCUUUCUCUCGGCCUCUGUCCCUCCAUCGGUGUCCACAACGCUGCCCAAGUAUGAACUCUUCCGGCUCCUCCAGGUCCUUGUUGUGUAUGAUGUCAUCAAAAAUGACCUAGCCCAGCAUCGGCCCGAGCUGGGCAUGCUGGAUUAAAUUAGCCAGGCAGCGUCCGGUUGGCCAACUCAGCUAAGACUUGCCAUGAAUCAGGCCAAAUCAGAUGGCCUGUUUCCGGCUGCUGACGCUGCCACCAUUGUUCUGUUAUCAAAAAUGACCUGCAGCAUCGACCCAAACUUGGCACGUUGGAAGAUAUAAGUCUGGCCAUAUCUGGUUGCCUGACUCGGCUGAGAUUCAACAUGAAUGAUGCUCGAUAAUCGGGCCAGAUAAACUAGCCUGAUUGUGGCUGCUGACACUGCAAUCACUGGGCUGCAAUAUUGCCAACCAAAUGACAAAACAGGCCCAAGUCUUGCCCAGAUAUAUGACUGAAUUACCAAACAGCACUGUCAGAGCUGGCUUAAUAUUUAGGCAGAAAAGCCUUCAAAUAAGAUGACUGCAUAGAAAAACCAAAAAGAUUGUUAAUAUAUGCUUGAAAUGAACCAUAAAAAUGCAAAAAGGCAACUACACAUGAUCACAAAGACCAGCCAAGACACACUGUGACGCUGGCAUAUAGGAGAUUGUGUACAAAAAUCCUGCAUCAGUGUUAUGAAACGGCCGAGAGGAACCAAUGAGAGCAACUUUAAGUCUCUCUGCAGAAGAUUCCACAUAUAAGGAGCUGCAUCUGAGAACAGAGAGCAGAGCCAUUUUCAAUUUUUUUGCUUGUACACACACAAGUAUGCUGGAAGUAGGCCAAGAAUUGCUUUGUAGGCAAAAGAAUGCCAAUGAAAAAGUCUACAAAAUUGAAAGGAGCGCCAGCCAACCCAGACACACAGGAUACAGUGAUGAGUUAGUGGCUCAUAGCUGGUAAUAAAUCUCAAUGAGCCAUGGUACACAGAGUCCAGAGCAUGCAAACACUGGGAGGGUGGAGUUCAUUUUAGGAAUAAAGGAGGAAUUAUACACUGACGAUUCAAUUUCAAAACUUAGUCUAUAUAAAGCACAAUUAGUGUCACCAGUGCACUAUUAUUAUUACUAUUAUUAUCUUAGUGAUGUAAUUACUGUUACUAUGACUAUGAUGACUGUGUAGCCUACACACAUCAGAAAUUGUAUCAAAGUAAAACUGUGUAAACCUGUCACCACUGUAGGCACAAAAUAAUCACCAGAAUUCACUUCAGCUCAGUAAACAACAUGUAACUGAAACUCCAGAAUUACUGAAGUCAUUUUUCAUCUUGGUGAGCUCGAGGCUAUUAUUGGAAAGUUACGUCACGGCACAGUGCAGCGCGCAUCUCUGUCUCAGUGCAACAGAACAUCAUAUCACCGCCGUUAGCGGAGAACUGCUGCUCCCUCCUUCUCCCACAUGGACCGGAACCACGCAGAGCCACGUGACCCGGGAGCUCUGGACUGAACAGAAAUCUCACACCGCAUCAUGGCUGCGGAGGAUGCGGCCGCGCGGUCCCGAACCGGAGCCCUGCUCUUCCGCGGGGCUCCGCUCUCUCCCUCCCGCCUGCUGGUGCUCUCCCUGUCCGCCUGCUCUCUGCUCCCAGCCCCGGCGCUCGGCUUGCUCGGCUUUCGGCCGGAGGAGACCGGAGCGGAGCUGUCCGUGGCGGACGGGGUGCUGAAAGCUACCGAGGGGACCCGCUUCAUGCUGCGGGUGUAUUACUCCACCUCCCCGCAGAGGCUGAACCGCACCGCGGCGACUCGCGCCAACAACGCCGCGCCCUGGAUCGCCUUCAUCGAGGAGCCAACUCCCGGGCGAGAGGGACAAGUUCACCCGAAGCGGAACAUGUGCAUGGACAAGAACGCCAGGACGUCCGACAUCGAGGUUUUAGGUUCUUUCAAGUCUGCGUCCAGUCAGAACUCGGUGCUGGUGGAGCUGCUGGCCAAGGACCUGCGGAGGGGGGAGACGAUCAAAUACUACUCCAUGUGCGCCUUUGACGGAUCCAAAUGGGAACACUACCGGACACGGGAUUUCUGGGUGGCCGUGGUGGAGCGCUCCGCUGUACCGGAGCUGUGGCUGCAGGUGUUGGUGUCCGUGCUGCUGCUCGGGCUGUCAGCUCUGUUCAGCGGGCUGAACCUGAGCCUGCUGGCGCUGGACCCGGUGGAGCUGCAGGUCCUCCAGAACAGCGGCACCGACAAGGAGCAGAACUACGCGCGGAAAAUCGAAUCGGUGCGUCGGCACGGUAACUACGUGCUCUGCACUUUACUGCUGGGGACCGCGAUCAUCAACGCCUCGCUCGCCGUGUGGAUGUGCCAGAUCCUGGGCAUGACCUGGCUCUCCACGGUCAUCUGCGCCUUCGGCAUCUUCUUCAUCGGGGAGAUCCUCCCGCACUCGGUGGCGUCGCGUCACGGUCUGGCCAUCGCCUCCAAAACCAUCUGGGUGACGCGGCUGCUGAUGGUGCUCUCUUUCCCCAUCUCCUACCCCAUCAGCAAACUCCUGGACCUCAUCCUCAACCAGGAGAUCUCAAACUUUUACACCAGAGAGAAACUCCUGGAGAUGCUGCGCGUCACCGACCCGUACCACGACCUGGUCAAAGAGGAGCUCAACAUCAUCCAGGGAGCGCUGGAGCUGCGCACCAAAACCGUGGAGGACGUCCUGACGCCGCUGACCGACUGCUUCAUGCUGGCCUCGGACGUCGUGCUGGACUUCAACACCAUGUCGGAUAUCAUGCAGAGUGGAUAUACGAGGAUACCGGUGUUUGAGAACGAGCGGUCCAACAUCGUGGACAUCCUGUUCGUGAAGGACCUCGCGUUCGUGGACCCGGACGACUGCACCCCGCUGAAGACCAUCACCCAGUUCUACAAACACCCGCUGCACUGCGUCUUCAACGACACCAAGCUGGACGCCAUGCUGGAGGAGUUCAAGAAAGGAAAGUCCCAUCUCGCCAUCGUGCAGCGGGUGAACAACGAGGGCGAGGGCGACCCUUUCUACGAGGUGAUGGGCAUCGUCACCCUGGAGGACGUCAUCGAGGAAAUCAUCAAGUCAGAGAUCCUCGACGAGACCGACCUCUACACUGAUAAUCGUACCAAGCGUCGUGUUUCUCACCACGAGAGGAAGCAGCAGGACUUCUCCAUCUUCAAACUGUCAGAGAACGAGAUGAAAGUGAACAUUUCUCCUCAGCUUCUCCUGGCAACACACCGCUUCCUGUCAACAGAGGUGGAGCCUUUCAAACCAGCUCACAUCUCAGAGAAGAUCUUGUUGAGGCUGAUCAAACACCCCAGCGUGGUUCAGGAACUCAAGUUUGAUGAGAGGAACAAGCGAGCGCAGCAGCACUUCCUGUUCCAGCGCAACAAACCGGUGGAUUACUUCAUCCUGGUCCUGCAGGGCCGAGUUGAGGUGGAGUUCGGUAAAGAAGCACUGAAGUUUGAGAAUGGAGCCUUUUCUUACUUUGGGGUUCCUUCCAUCAUGCCAACAGUCCACAGAUCCCCCUCUCGCAGCAGUGGUUUGGACCGCUCUGAGUCGAUGCUGUACGGAGGAAGCAUGGGCCAACUGAACGGAGGGGGGAACGCCUACUUGCCGGAUUACUCUGUCAGACAGCUCACACAUCUACAGAUCAUAAAGAUCACCCGGAGCCACUACCAGAAUGCUGUAACAGCCACCCGGAUGGACAGCUCUCCCCAGACACCUGAUGCUGACGCCCGUCUGGCAGAAGCCAACUCCCCGACCCCGGAGCCCCCGGCCGCAGAGCACGGCGCCACGCUGAUGCCCCCGGACCACACCACCACAACCACCCUCAUGCCCCCACCCAGGGAGAUCGGCCGGCCCAGUUCAGCCCGAGCCCGAGGGCAGCAGUCCAGCGUCCCGCACAGCACCUCGCUGCUGAAUGAGAAGAACCGCAUCGUCCGCAGCAAGUCUGAUGGCCAGAAGAGUCCCAGCGAUUCAGUGUUUCUCAGGAUGGAUGAGAUCCCUUACAUCAGGGAGGACAGGCCUGAGACUGAGGCGCACACUGACAUGGCCUCUGUUCCCAUAGAAACGGACACGUCUCCUUUCAUCAGCAGCCUGUCCCUGAGCGGCUCAGAGGACACACUGGGCAAGAAACUCCUGCUCAAACUCAGCCACAAGAAGAGGAAAAAAUCCCGCGAAGGAGAAAAGACGCCAGAGGACAAUUCAGAGCAGCCGCUGGUGAAAACCUAGCAGAGUGCGAGUGAAACGGACCCGAACUCUCCAUCAUCUGAUGGUUCUUUAAGUUGUUUGUAAAGACGAUGUGGUUACUACAGCUAUCAGAGUUUUAUCUGAAAACACUCCACACACCCCCGCUGCAGGAGAUUAUAAAGAGGACCCAUCACCAGGACUGAACACACAGAUGGAAGAAACCAUUCCAUCAAAACAAACGGGGGUCGCAGCAUUGGCAAUAUGCAUCAAACUGUAGCUUGUCAUCUCCACAGGUUUUUCACGCUGAUGCUUGUAAAUAAAGGAAUGACUGCGGAUGUAAAAUGUUUGUAGAAAAAAAUAAUAGUUUUUUAUACACUGUAUACCCUCCUCAUGUGAUCACUUCUCCAACGGAGCUCAAAGGAAUGACACAGGACACAAGAAUCGGAUGGAAGACACCAAAGAUGUUGCUGUUGUUGUACAUACUGCGCCAGACUGCACAGGGGACAUCUCGACAGGACAGACGUUACCCGGCAGCUUUGUGUUGAGGCUUUUGAUUUGAAAGGUUGCUUGAUUAUUGCUUGUUUACCUGCUAAUUAGAUCUGUAGUCUAACAUGUUAGUGUAGAAACAUAUUGUUCUUUUUGCCUUUUAUUUAUCUGUGAACAAGUGUUUUACAUCCAGAUUGUGUCUGGAUGUCAGUUUUUAAAAAUGUUCUUUGCUUCCCAAAAUUUAAAUAGACACACAUCUAACAUAACAUGGCCAAAAGUAUAUGGACAGCCCUGUUUUUCCUGGUUUGGGCUCAUUACUUAGAAUGAACAGAAGUGUUGAGGCACCAACAUGCAAUAUUUUGGACUUUAGUGUAACUUUGCAUUUAUAGUUUUUGUAUGUUGGUGUCAGGAAAUAAAACAAAGGUUUAAACACCUGCUCUGCAUCAUCACAGCCAAUUACAGUAUGUUCAAACAGCUGAUCUGAAGAAGCUGACUGAUUGUACACCUUGUUAUUUCAGCAUGUAAUUUUUCUCCAAAUUCUCUUGUAUAGUUUCUGUUUUUAUUCUGUUCCUAUUACCUCUGCCAAAGAGGUCAUGUUUUCAGUUUGUUUGUUUGUUUGUUUGUCAGCAGGAUUAUGGAAAAAAUACUGGCCCAAUUUUCAUUAAACUUGGUGAAAGGGUGUAGCCAGGGUGUCUGCAGGUCCUUAAAAAGUCUUAAAAUGUCUUAAACGCCCAGUGUGUAGGAUUUAGGAGGAUAUAUUGGCAGAAACAUAAUAUAAUAAGCAUGUUUUCUUUAGUGUACAAUCACCUAAAAAUAAGAACUGUACAUAUGUUUACAUCUACCAAGGGAGCAGGUCCUCAUCUACAGCCUUGUUGCACCACCAUGCUUCUACAGUAGCCCAGAGCGGACAAACCAAACAUGGGCUCUAGAUAGGGACAUAACAUUUUCACAUCAGCCACCAUAGUUAGCAGCCCUUCCACAAUGGGAGAGUAGGAAAAACACUGAUUUUUUUCAAACACAAACCUGCUUUAUUCUUAGGAGACCUCUGUGGAUACUUAGCUGGCAGUAAGAACCUUCUAAAUUUCUAAAGAUGAGGACAAAAGGUGAGCACACAUUAGCAGGUGCUGGGCUAGCAGCCUGUCUCCGACAUGCCAAACAACAUUGGAAAAACACUGAUUUGUGACAUGUAACUGCUUUAUUCAGUGUUUUUAUUAGUUUUAAUCACCUGGUCUGUUUGUCUUGGAGAGGAAGAGACCCCUGUGGAUAAUUCAGCUCCCCGUAAAAACCUCCUGAACAAUGAACACUGAAGGAAUUCUUACCGGGAGAAGUUUCAGCUGGUUGCAAUCUGCAAACCUCCAGCUAGCUGCCAUUAAAUCCCCCUAAAUCUUACACACUGGAACUUUAAAUUCAGUUGAAAAUAUUAGGCCUCAAAAGUCAUUGAAUAGUCUUGAGUUUGAAUUUGUGAGGUCUUAACUGCCACAAAUCUUUUAUCUCAGUUAAUUUAUCCAUCUUUUAGUUGCUUUUUAUAAAAAUAAGUCGAGCUCUUCUGAGUAAAAGUCCACAUUUUUUAUGUUUAAAUCUUUAAACCUACCACUGAACUUAAUAGUCUUUUUAUUUCAUACUUGCACUUUCUUGUUGGCAAAAUGUAGAUUAACCUAAGUCACUUUUGUUACCAACAUUGCACGAGACUACCUAUAUUCUACUUACGUUUAUACUUACCCACAAUGCUUAAUAAGAAACUGAUUAUUUGUUCAAAAAUCAGCCUUAAAUUUGGUUUAGAUAUUUAUCUUGAAAUGGUCUUAAAAAGCAUUAAAUUUAAGUGUCUGAUACCUGCAGACACCCAGCAUGGGCCAAGGAAGAACCUAUUAAAUUUUGGAGCAGAUCUGAAUCAUGAAGUGGAUACACAAAUUAUUUUCUCAAGAUAGGAAAUUCGGCCUUUGUGGAGGUUGAUAUUUGUUUCCGUCUAUACUUACCUGUAUUUAUUUCUGUUCUGCAACAACCCAACUUUUCCACCGGGGAUUAAUAAAGGCGUAUCUCAUCAUA